AAAAAAAAAUGAAUUUAAAUAUCUAAAAAGACCUUUAACUGAAAACCUCCUUGAAAUGAAAUCAAGAACAAACCAUUAUUUGCUUGUUGAAAACAAACGAUGGGUUGUGCUGCUAGUGUGCCUGCAAAUGAAGAGGAAACAGAUCCCUUUUUGAGGGACAAGUUGCUAAAUGAUGCGGUCGAACAAAGUAUGCAAUUAAAUCGAGUUAAUAAUAAAACUCAGUUUAAGCUUUUGCUCUUAGGAGCUGGUGAAAGUGGUAAAUCGACGGUGUUGAAGCAGCUAAGGCUAUUACACAAGGGUGGGUUCAAUCAAGAAGAGAGAGCUCAGUAUGCGCAGGUUAUAUGGGCAGACGUGAUUCAGUCUAUGAAGACUUUGAUUGUUAAUGCAAGAAGAUUAGGAAUUCCAUUAACAUGUGACCAGCCUAAUAGUUCGUUAAGUAGGUAUAAGCAGAUAGUGCUUCAGAUCAAUGCUUUAGACCAGAUUGACACGGGAGCGGCUGGAGGUGAAAGCUUUUUGAAUGAUUAUGUUAUGAAAUAUGGAGAGAGUAAUCGAGCUAAAAGACGAUUAAAUAGUACUGGGAUUGCGAGUCAAAAUAUAUGGGAUGAGAUCCCGGCUGAAGAAAAUUCGAUGGACCCCGAUCCAACAGUAUAUGAAGAUUUGAAUAAAACAAGUAAUGAUAGUCAAUUUACGAGACUCGAGGUUGCAGAAGCAAUUGAUCAGUUAUGGAAAUACGAUUCGGGUAUUCAAAUGUGCUAUAAGAGAUCCAACGAGUUUCAGUUAGAGUCAAGCACCACAUACUACUUUGAAAAUAUAUUUAAAUUUAGUAACCCUCUGUAUUUAUGCUCAGAUAUGGAUAUUUUAAAAGGUAGGAUCAAAACUACUGGUAUCACCGAAACUGAUUUCAAUAUAAAAAAAUUUAAGUUCAAAGUUUUAGAUGCUGGAGGCCAGAGAUCUGAAAGAAAGAAAUGGAUCCAUUGUUUUGAAAACAUAACCGCUGUCUUAUUCGUGUUGGCAAUUAGUGAAUAUGAUCAAACGUUAUUUGAGGAUGAAAAAGUUAAUAGAAUCCAUGAGGCAAUCAUAUUAUUUGAUUCUUUAUGCAAUUCUCGUUGGUUUAAAAACACUCCAUUUAUUUUAUUUUUAAACAAGAUUGAUAUUUUCGAAGCCAAAUUAUAUAAAUCUCCUUUGAAAAACUAUUUCCCUGAUUAUAAUGGGAAACCAACCGAUGUUGAUGAAGCGAUUAAGUUCUUCGAGGUUAAUUUCUUGAAAUUGAACCGCUCAAAUAAACCAAUAUAUGUUCACCGUACUUGUGCAACCGAUACAAAAUCAAUGAAGUUCGUGUUAUCUGCCGUCACUGAUUUAGUUGUACAACUGAGUUUGAAAAAAAGUGGUAUCAUAUAACAUUUCAAUCUACGAUAUUGUCUAUUUUAUUCUUUCCUUUUUUUUUUUAGAUAUUCUGUUUAUUUACUCCAAGAC